AUGGAACUGUAUACCUGCAGCCCUCUUACUCCAGAGGUGGAGUGCCAGCGUCUGGUGGACUCAGUCAUCAGCAGAAACUAUAAACAGCUCCUGUCAGGGAGCAGCCGUCCUUUGAGAAGUGUGAAUGUAAGCAAACUGCCUAGUUGGGCCAGAGCUGUUGUUCCCAAAAUAUUUUAUGUGACUGAGAAGGCGUGGAAUUAUUACCCAUACACCAUCACAGAAUACACCUGUUCCUUCCUGCCGAAAUUCUCCAUCCACAUAGAAACCAAGUACGAAGACAACAAGGGAAGUAACGACAGUAUUUUUGACAGUGAAGCCAAAGACCUCGAGAGAGAAGUGUGCUUCAUCGAUAUCGCCUGUGAUGAAAUUCCAGAACGCUACUACAAAGAAUCUGAGGAUCCUAAACACUUCAAGUCUGAGAAGACAGGCCGAGGGCAGCUAAGAGAAGGCUGGCGAGACAACCACCAGCCCAUCAUGUGUUCCUACAAACUGGUCACCGUCAAGUUCGAGGUGUGGGGCCUUCAGACUCGAGUGGAACAAUUUGUGCACAAGGUGGUCCGAGACAUCUUGCUGAUUGGACACAGACAGGCCUUUGCGUGGGUUGAUGAGUGGUAUGACAUGACAAUGGAUGAAGUGCGAGAGUUCGAACGAGCCACUCAGGAAGCCACCAACAAGAAGAUCGGCGUUUUCCCACCGGCCAUUUCUAUCUCCAGCAUCGCCCUUCUGCCUUCCUCGGUGCGCAGCGCCCCCUCCAGUGCCCCGUCCACCCCUCUCUCCACAGAUGCGCCAGAAUUUCUGUCCAUUCCCAAAGACCGGCCCCGGAAAAAAUCUGCUCCAGAGACGCUCACACUUCCAGAUCCGGAGAAAAAAGCCACCCUGAAUUUACCUGGCGCCUACGCUUCUGAAAAGCCAUGUCGGCCCAAAUCAGAGUAACUCCGUGUGAACAUCCCGUUGGGUCCUUUAUUUUCAUUUGAGGCUUUUUUUUUUUUUUUAAAUCCUCUGGUCGAGGAAAAGACUGCCUCUUCACUCAGAUGUGUUCUUGGAUCUCAGAUUGUGCAUGUGGUUAAAUAAUCUCACAGAUAGCAAGAAGCCCUGCGUGUGCCACACAGCAUCAUAGUGAGUGUGAAAAGUACGAUUUAGAAAAACAAAACAGGAGGGGCUGAGGACAGAGCUCAGUGGGUGGAGCUGCUGCAGCUACUGUGGGUUCCAGCCCAGCAAUGGGAAACUAGGCAGGAGGAUCAGAAGUUCAAGGUCAACCUCAGCUAGAUACAGAGUUUGAGGCUAACCUGGGUUAUAUGAGACACUGUCUCAAGAACAAUUAAAACCCACAGAAUUGUCUCUAGCUUUAGAAGUGGGCCAAGGAGGAAGCCUUGUUUAGGGGGCCUUGAUGAAUCUGAUGCUGCCCUCAAUGGUAAAAGGGUGAAUG